AUGGUAAAUGCCUAUGGUUUUGAUAUUCUUUGUUGCAGACGUGGGACCAAUGACGUGGAGAAUACCCACAAGUUACUUCUGACAAUAUUUGGGACAUGGCAUAUUAGAAUUGAGAUGUCAGAUUGUUUGCUGAGAGAAAGGAGACAUCGUCACAAUCAAAGAUGUUCAGAGCUCCGUCGACUAGUCUUCCCUCGCAUAGGGCAUUUUGACACUUGGAAGAUUGACGCACUGCAGAGUCUGGUCCUGGCCAAUCAUGGAGUGUUGUUGCAUUCAAAUUGGGUCAAUUCAAGCGACUUCAAGAAUACACCAGAAACAUUUGGGACUAUUACACUGCAUGAUGCAGAGUUGGCGGAUGCACUUUCAAACAUUCCAAUUGACAAAAAUGUGCGGCUGACUCAUGAUAUGCAGUAUUUGUGCAAGGUGAUGGGAACCAAGCUUCCAUUGCUCCCUAUUCACACUGUUGCAGAGCGUCAGCUCUUCUCACAACUUGUACUACUCAACACUUUUGAUGCUAGGAAAAUGGCUCUGGAAUGGGUUAAAUCGGUAGACGGUGUUAACAUUUAUCCUAAGCUGCCAGUGCAUCUCCGGAAUUAUUGUGUCACUUUCAACCGGAAUGCCAGAGCACGCCAAGCUUUUGCAGAUGCGCAAGAGUCUAGGGAAAUUCUGGCUGCCUUGAAUGAGGCUCUAUGCCCGGGAAUUGAAGGCAUAGAUGGAACUGAUGUACAAGACACUCCACAGCAGUUGGAUACCUACACCAGACAAUGGCCGCCAACUUGUCCACCACCGCCACUGCUACUUCCAUUGGCUCCAUCUGCAAUGGAGCUGAGAAAUAUUCAUGUGGGCGGCGUUCUCAUAGGUUUCAACCAUAGAUCGAAAUAG